AUGGACAGCAAUAAUAACCGCCUCUAUCUCAACAUUGGGAACAACAACGAUCGUUUGGCUCCCGGCAGCGACCGCCAGUUUCCCACGACCCCCUCAACCUUUCCUCAGCCCGUCUUCGGCCAGCAAGGUCAGCAGCAGCAACAGCAACAACAACAGCCCGGCAUGCAGCACCCUCAGCAGCAGCAGUACGCUGCCGGCUACGCUCCGCAAGGCUACUUCAUGGGCAACCAGCAGCAGGCCCAGUACGGUCAGGCUCACGGCGACUACAAUGCCGCCUACCAGCCGCGAUCCAACACCCCGGGCACCAACGACCCCAACGUCGGCCUCGCCCACCAAUUCUCGCACCAGAACCUCGGCGGCGCUGCCCGCGCAUCGCCGUACGGCUCUCGGGGCCCCUCUCCCGGCCAGCGACCUCGUACUGCUGGUGCUUCCGGCCAGAACCCCUCCUACGGUCACUAUGCGACGCCCCCUCUCCCGAACCAGCAGGCCUCUGCCGACCUUUUCGCCCCGGCCCCUGAGCGCAACUACGAGAAGUACGGCCCCAAUGCCAACAGCAACCAGAAGAAGUGCACCCAGCUGGCGUCCGACUUCUUCAAGGACAGUGUGAAGCGUGCUCGUGAAAGGAACCAGAGUGUCGUGCGCAGACAAAGCGAGAUGGAAGCCAAGCUCUCCGAGCCCAACCAGAGCCAGUCGAGACGCGAGCAGAUCUGGUCAACCGCCGGCCGCAAAGAAGGACAGUACCUGCGAUUCCUGCGAACGAAGGACAAGCCCGAGAACUACAACACCGUCAAGAUCAUCGGAAAGGGUGCCUUCGGUGAGGUCAAGCUGGUCCAGAAGAAGGGUGACGGCAAGGUCUACGCCAUGAAGUCUCUGAUCAAGACGGAGAUGUUCAAGAAGGACCAGCUGGCUCAUGUCCGCUCCGAACGUGAUAUCCUGGCCGAAUCCGACAGUCCGUGGGUCGUCAAGCUCUACACGACGUUCCAGGACUCGUACUUCCUCUACAUGCUGAUGGAGUUCUUGCCCGGUGGUGACUUGAUGACCAUGCUCAUCAAGUACGAAAUCUUCUCCGAGGACAUCACGCGGUUCUACAUUGCAGAGAUUGUUCUUGCGAUCGAGGCGGUUCAUAAGUUGGGCUUCAUUCAUCGUGAUAUCAAACCUGACAACAUCCUCCUGGAUCGCGGCGGUCACGUCAAGCUGACCGAUUUCGGUCUCUCCACUGGCUUCAAUCGCUUGCACGAUAACAACUACUACCAACAGCUGCUCCAAGGCCGUUCUAACAGACCACGCGACCGUAACUCUGUCGCUAUCGACCAGAUCAACCUUACCGUCAGCAACCGUUCCCAGAUCAACGCCUGGCGCCAGUCGAGAAGAUUGAUGGCCUACUCCACCGUCGGAACACCCGACUACAUCGCACCCGAAAUCUUCACUGGUCACGGUUAUACGUUCGACUGCGAUUGGUGGUCGCUGGGCACCAUCAUGUUCGAGUGCUUGGUGGGAUGGCCUCCUUUCUGCGCCGAGGACAGCCAUGACACAUACCGCAAGAUCGUCAACUGGAGACAGACUCUGUACUUCCCGGAUGACAUCCAGCUCGGCGUCGAGGCCGAGAACCUGAUCCGAAGCUUGAUUUGCAACACCGAGAACCGUCUCGGCCGCAGUGGCGCACACGAGAUCAAGGCCCACUCCUUCUUCCGCGGCGUCGAGUUCGACAGCCUGCGCCGUAUCAGAGCGCCAUUCGAGCCUCGCCUGACUUCCGCCAUUGAUACCACGUACUUCCCCACCGACGAGAUCGACCAGACCGACAAUGCUACCGUGCUCAAGGCGCAGGCCAUCCAGCAAGCCCGCUCGGGUGUCCCUGUGGUCGAGGAGUCGCCCGAGAUGAGCUUGCCUUUCAUUGGAUACACAUUCAAGCGUUUCGACAACAACUUCCGCUAA